GCUUCUAUUCCUUCGUUUGACGCCUCCUUGGUCGAUUCAGGCCCUUCGAUUGACCGCGUUGAAGCUUCACAAUGUUGUUGUGAAUUGCUUUGCGUGCUUGUUCCCUGCUGACAUGAACUAGAGCGUGCACCAUCUCUGGUACAGUCGGAGCUCCUAGCGCCCUCAACCUCCCCCCCCGCCCCCCCUCUCUAGCUAAUUCUCGCAACCUGAUAACGCCAUCAUCAACUUUAUACACUCGACUCUUGCUUGAUAGGAGCUUUGAUCGAGCGUGCUUGCGGAGAUUUAGGAUAUAACGCACCGAAGCUACUCGAGAUAAUCGCGCUCACCAUGUCAAAUCCGACCCAGCCCUUCGACCCUCGCCGGGCCACAACGUACGGGCGCCCGGAGGAGCUGCAUAUCCCGUCCGGUGCCCCCAACCUGCAGCGACAGUCCAUGUCCCACGAGCUCACGACGGGCGCCGAAAAUCACGUUCCUUCAAUCAGUGUACAUCCUUCCGGUUCACAGCCUGCUCAAUUUGGAGGCGGCAACAGUGCUGCUGGCGGUCACCUUCCGGGAGCACUGCAGCCGGGCAACUCCAACCGUCCACCGGCAGUGUCCAUGAACACAGCCCCCUCAGUGCUCCCAACUCUCCCUCAGCUGUCGACCCCAAUGCAGCCGCCCACGGCACCGUCGUCACAGCCGCAGCAGUCGCAACAACCGCAGCAACCGCAGUCUGCGGCGCAGCAGUCCACAAAUCCCCGGUCUAGCAUGGUUAAUUCUCACGGACAUUCAAGAUCCAGCCCAGCGGGCUUUGAUCAACCCAAAUACAAACAGCCAGGCUCGUCGCCGAGUGCUGGAUACCCGCCGCAGACGCCGUUAGGAGCCAAAUACUCCCCCUUGGGCCUUGCUGAUAUCCGGCCAACCGGGGACCUGUUGAGCGACACUAUGAUGACCACUGGAAUGAACUCAAUCAACAAUGGCGACAAUCAGGUCCCUACUAAUAGCAACUAUAUAGCGCCGUGGCCCAUAUAUGCAGUGGACUGGUGUAAGUGGCCGGUGCCCGGCAACUCUGCUUCUUUUGGAGGCAAGAUUGCCAUGGGAAGUUACUUGGAAGACAACCACAACUAUAUUCAAAUUGUUGAUACGCACUGGACCGCUCCCGAUCCGGAUACCCCUGAUGCGGCCGCCGGAGACAUCAAAUUGGAGUAUGUAAAGACUGCGGAAGCCACCCACUCGUAUCCCGUAACGCGAAUUCUCUGGGAGCCGCCCUCGUCGCAAAAACAGUCUACAGACUUACUGGCGACGUCUGGCGAUCAUCUCCGGCUGUGGUCGCUGCCUGCGUCGCAACCAGCGCCAGCGUCGAACACAAUCACUCGGUCGAACAACCAAACCGCACCGACUGCGAAGCUGCAACCGUUGGCCUUGCUGUCAAACUCGAAGUCUCCGGAGCAUACGGCCCCAAUCACGUCUCUGGACUGGAACACCAUUUCUCCCAGCCUCAUAAUCACCUCGAGUAUUGAUACCACGUGCACGAUUUGGGACAUCCCCACCCUUACCGCCAAAACGCAGCUCAUUGCGCACGAUAAGGAGGUGUACGACGUACGAUUCUGCGCCAACAGCGUUGAUGUCUUUGUCAGUUGCGGUGCCGACGGUAGUGUUCGCAUGUUUGAUCUUCGUAGUCUGGAGCAUAGUACCAUCAUCUACGAGCCCACAGAGAAGAACGAGAAAUUGAUGAGUCCCGGAAAUGGUAGUCCUUCCGCGCCUGCACAGUCCGCAUGGCCCCCUCCUCUACUACGCAUUGCAGCAUCGCCACAUGACUCGCACCUCCUAGCCACAUUCUCUCAAGACUCGAACAUUGUCCGCGUACUCGAUGUGCGGCAGCCCGGACAAGCUCUGCUGGAGCUGAAAGGCCACGCCUCGUCCAUCAACUCCGUGGAAUGGUCCCCCAAUCGUCGCGGGGUGCUCGCCUCGGGAGCCGAUGACUGCUUCGUCCUCCUCUGGGACUUGAUCAACCAACACAACGCAGCCCCCGUUCCGCCGGGGUCCCACCCACCGGGCGCCCCGACAGCGACGCCGACGAGCGAGCGUGGCCCGGCCGCCGCCUGGCAGUGUGACUACGAGGUGUCGAACAUCAGCUGGUCGCCGCAGGGCGGGACCACGGCAUCCGGGCAUCCGCGCGACUGGCUAGGCGUUUGCGGCGGGCGGGGGCUUUGGGGAGUCGCUCUGUGAAUAGCUUUUUUCAUAAAUCGGCUAGACUUUUUUGCCAGAUCCGUCAUUUGCAUCUCACGUGUUGUUUGCCUGCCUGUCUGCUUACUUGCUUUUUCUUCUUUUGUCUCAGACUAUGACUGACCCCCCCUUGAUGUUGUGGUUUUGGUACCUGUUCUUGUUGGGAUGGAGAGGACCCUGAUGCAUGAUUGAGAUGAUAUCUCGCGCGCACGGAAGUCCCAGAUAGUGCGCGGCAGCGAGCUCUGAUAUAUGGCAUGGUAUGAGUAAAUGAAUGAACGAAC